AUGGAAAUCAGUUACGAAUUAUGUUUUACCGUUGAGCUCGAGGAAGCUGGUGCCAGACAACUACAUACGUUUUGUCUAUGUGGACGGCUGCAUUUGAAUUCAUGUAUUCAUUAUAAUGACUAUAGUCAGUUGUUCAAGCGACGCCAACGCCAACGCAACGCCAAAGUUCUAUGUGGGCGGGCCUCAAGUUAUUUCCAUAUAUCACAGCCGCCUAACGUUGCCGUGAAAACAAUUGUCUCUCAACCUGAGUGCUCGCCGCGCGCCGUUAAUAUGGCAAUGUCUCCCUCACCUACUAGCCCACUCCCUCAACAACAGCAACCUGCUAUGCAACUCCAGCACCAACAUUCGCAACAACAGCAAAUGGGAACAAAACGCAAUAGAGUGCUCACGCGUCAACCGCGUAUUAAACGCGAUAGUGAUAGUUUAUCAAAUGCUCAAGCUUCACCCGAACCGACAGGUUCAUGUAUCGACUUUGAUCCCUUCAGCAAUUCCCCCGGCAGUAGUACGCAUUCAAAUUUUGCGCCUGCCCAUGCUCACCAGCUGCAUACACAACCCACACACCACCACCACCACCACCAACACUUGUUGACUGUGCCGCCACGUAUUGAACGUCACUCUUCCGAACCAGCACCGAGUUUGACUCCGUCUUCACCACAUUUAUUAUCAGUUCCGCAGAAUUCACCCUUCCUUAUGAAACAGCAUUCGGAUCCGUUACUGCCCACACAGCAUUCGCUUAGUGCUGCCGGCUCAUUAAUAGUUGGUGGCGGUGGCACAAACCCCUUUGCACCGUUACAUCGUCAGUUUUCACACCCACUUUCGGGCACAACCACUAACGCCAGCAGCAGCAGUGCUGGCACGAGUCAUAUCACCAACAUUUCGUUGCAUCAUCCACAACACAUAUCACUACCGGAAUCAAUGUACACGUCCGGUGGAUCACCACCGCCAGCUGGGUCUUCGCAAUAUGUAGUACCACAUCAAAUCGUAUCAAGUGGAAGCGGAGGAUCGUCCAAUGAGGUGAUCGGCACUAUGAGUACAUCAUCUACAGCCGCUAGUCCUUCAAAAAUGCUCACCCUACCACAGUUUACUACAACUUAUAUUGAUGACAGUGGUACAGGUGGCCGGACUGGUUCACCGACAACCUCAUCAUCCAUUACUGGCGUCCAAGGUAAUACAUCAAGCGUUAGUUCGGCACCAUUGGAGGGCGUUCGAUCUUCAGAAUCGAACACACCACCACCGACGAGCAAUUUUCGUAGUUCAAAAUCCGCAACGGGUGCUCUAUUAUCGGAGCGUAGAAGCAGUUUGCACCCUGGAGCCACUGCUACGAGUAGUAGUUCGUUUGAGCACUUACCCUCUUUGCGAGUCAAGAGUGAGGAGUUACAAAGAUCGGUGUCUUCUCCACAAACCUCUCGGGAGAUCAUCACCUUGGAAAAUCCUCGUUCUAGUCAUUGCCCCGUAAUACGUCCCGGACCGGCUCUGGGUUGUAACUUUUGUUGGAACACAAUAGAUGGACAUGGUAGAAUUUUGCGGCGCAAAACUAAAUACCACUGUCCCGAAUGCCAAACGAAUUUAUGUAUUGUACCAUGCUUUCAAGAGUAUCACGAACGACAAAAUAGUGAAGCAGCAAAUGCUUCGUCCGGAAAUGAUAACAACAGUAAAUCAUUCUCAGGAACCACCGGCAGAAGUGGAAGUAGCGGCAGUGGAGGUAGUAGCACUCGCCACUUUUCCAAAACUGAGUCCAUUUGAAAGCGUUAAUUGGUGACCGUAUAUACAUAUUUUGAGAGGUUUUUAUUGUCGAACCGGCAGCAUUUGCUGCUGGAAAUAAAAUUUGUUGUUUGUUAGGAGGGCUAAGGCUACCUUUGACUUUGGACCAAAGGUGUUAGUCAUUUAAGUCCCGCCUCAAAAACAUAAGCAUAUACUUAAACUCCGUAAGUGCGAAUUGAGUUCGCAUGAGGUGUAAGAUAUACUUACAAUAAAUAUUUGUAUGUAAAAAAAAAACUAAAAAAAAACUAAAGAGGUUAUGUACUUGAAGCCACAUUUGUAUCUACCAAGAAACUACAUACAAACGUAUAUAUAUAAUUGUUUUCAUUGUAAGACUUGUUGCUGUGCAACGAAGUCAAUUUUGAUGUUGAAGUAUUUGCGACAGCACGGGUAAAUGACAUUUUGCAGGUGCAAAUGCAUGGCAAUAAAUUUUUUUGUGGGCCUUUUGUACAAUAUUGUUUAGUAGGCUUCGUGCGUAAGAUGUUUAAGCACUAGGUAUUGGUACAAAAGAAAAAAAUAUUAAUAUUUUUCACGAAUUUUGUCUUUUAAUGAACAACUCACUUUGAUGUAAGAUGGUUUAUUACAUAACUAUACAAAAAAAAAUUACUAAAAAAAACAUACGUAAGCUAACAUACUUAUUAUAACUAAGCAGAAUUUGUUGAUUGUUGCGCCACUAAGAAGUCUCCGAAAAUUGGAGAGUUACUAACUACGGCGCCCUAAAAAUUAAAUUUGUUGUUUUAGUGCCAUAUUGCAAUUCACUGUAAACUUAGGUGUUUUCGUGGCAUUUGGUGAGUGGAUUUUUAAAUUGUGAAAAUGCAGAAUUACAAUAUGUACAUACUAUGUACAAGUUUUAGAAUUGGCA